CCAAUUUUUAGAUUAGUUUGUUAUAUUAUUGGUUCCACGCAUAAACAUUUUGGGUGCCUAAAUAGAACUGAUGAUCUUUAACCUAAAGAAACUGAUUAUGAUUUAAAAAUACACUUUCCAUCAUCUAAUGUGUGUUUAUUCUUCCUCGAUAAUGAAAAAGGCACGAAAAAAUCACCUUUAAGCCCUUAGCUAAUCCAUUUUCUAUCCCGUGACUCCAGCAGCUGCCAUUAGGAAUUGUCAUCAAUUUUUUGAGCACCCCCUGAAAAAAAUGCAAGUCUACGCCUAUGUUUUAGCCUGUGGACAUUUAUUGAAGACAUGUUCUCCUCUUCGACAGCAACCAUGGUGCCGCCUCGGCCAGUGUAUUUAUACCCUGGGCUUUUUCCGAUGUAUAAAACAAAAAGGUUGGAAGGUCUGAUGAUAAUAUGUAAAUAGAAGAUGUUGUGAAUCGACACAAAGGCUGGCUCGCAAUAUUUUGGCCAUAUUUGAGCCAUAUUUUGAAGAAAAGCUUAUAGGUAUUGUCCUGGAUUUUCCACGAGUCUAAAGCGAUGUUGUAAGUGUUUGGAUGCAUCUUCCGACCAUCCCUAGAACGUCUUCUUUGCAGUCAACGAUGGCGGCCGCCUUCACUAAACUCCUGAAAGAUCUUACAGCCCUCUCCCUACCCCCAACCUCCCUCAAUAGUGACGUUCCUGAUUAUCAUUUUUGUGCUGUUUGAUGAUACAGCCGCUACAACGAUACUCAAAAAUACCGUUAGUUUUAAAAGGUUUUACAAAGAAUAACAUCCUCUAUUUGAAAAUUCUCUAUCAUGUCCUGUCAGUAAUUGACUACCCCCUCUUCUCUCAUUGGAAGGUCUUACAGUACCCCAUAGAUAGAUACUUUUCUGCAUAUUUCCAAUACUUUGAAAACAAAUUGGAAGAUAUGUGGGCGCCAUUUUGACCCUUUGCCCCCCCCUUGCGAUCUCAUCCCCAGCACGCCACUGCACGGGAUCUCGUUAAAUCCUCGGCCCAAAAAGCCAGUGACCGAACUAUUUAUUGCCACACGUAUUUAGGAUAGCUUACCUUAAGAAAUUUAUCAAAGUCCUUGAAGGAUUUUGUUUUCCUGUUUUCAAUUAUAAAUUUCAAUCAAGGCAGUUCAUUUUAAAUUUUAGCAACCUUAAUGUGAAAGGGAUGGUGAGCAUAUUCAGUCUUUAUCCUGGGGAGUUAAGGCCGAUUUCCACUAGGCGAAUUCUUUCGCGCGAAUCGAAUAAAUUUUGGUAGCGAUAGAGUAGGACCGUGAUCUACUUUCUGCGAAUCGAAUUUUUUCGCUGCGAAAUCUGAGAACAUGACACCACGCAUGCUCACAUUGGCAAAAAUUCGAUUCGCGCGAAAGAAUUCGCCUAGUAGAAAUCAGCCUUUAGUAAACAUUGACUAUUUCUUGUCUUUUUUCAUGGCCUUGUAUUUCAAAACGCUCUUGAAAAAUAUCCACGUUUCUCUGUCUAUACAUUUGUGGACGAGUUUACAUGCACGGAUGUUAUUUGCAUUUGUAACGGAUAGAAUAUAUAAUACAGUGAACUAAUUUCCUUGUAUCAUUUACAUUGAACGCUGAUAAAACGAUGCAAGUCUUUCAGACUUGGUGGUGAUAAACUUAGACUGUAAAAUUCCGCAGUAAGUGAAUGUGGGUAAAAUCCUUGAGCGAUGUAUGAUCUUUGCAGAUAAAACGUCAAGAUACUCCCUGAGUUUUGCCUAUAGACUUGGUCUGCCUGAUGCUGCACGUUUAUAACAUAUCUUGAAGUGUGAAUUAAAGCUUAAUGAGCUAUCUUUUCGGAUGCCAAUAUAUUUGUAGUGUGUGGUAUUCGAUAUGUUGAAGCCCCAGUACGUAACGUUGCAUGCCUCUCUUUGUUUAGCUAUCCCCUGCGAUGUUCUGAAAAGGAGUGAUUCGGUUUUUCCUGUUUUCAGAUUGAUUAUGAGAGCAGUUUUGCUAUGGCAUUCAUAUCAUUGGAAAGCUUAGACUUAAUAAUCUUGAUAUCUUUAGCGGCUACAUAGAUCACAGUGUCAUCAGCAUGCAUAAUUUUUUUAUUGCUCAUUACAUCUGUGAUAUCGUUGAGAAAUAAAAUGAAUAAUAAGGGACCCAGUAUCGAGCCUUGUGGUACUCCUGUUAAAUCAUGUGCGUUGGAUUGAAAGGUAAUCUGUAAUCCAAUUCAGCUUAUUUUCGUGAAAUCCGUGUUGAGGUAGUUUGAGUGACUUAUUAUAUCUAAUGCUUUACCCGGGUCUAUUCGAAUUUGCCAAAAUUGUAUUAUGUAAAUCUCUGACUUAUUAGAUAUAAUGAGUACUUGCUACCAUAGAAGCUUCAAAGCGCACCAAAACCAUGAAUUGCAAUGAUUGAAAUACAGAAAAUAUAAGAUGCAGACAGUCUUUAUAUGUUGCACAUUACACUUUCUUCAUAUUUUCAUUAAUCACUCAAUCAUAGCCACAAAUAUGUAGAGAGUUGAUUUACUAAUGACGGGUCUUGCAAUUCAGAAUCAAUUUCUAAUGAAAAGACGCAAUACGCAAAUGUAAUUUCGUUUCAUUGUCAUAUGCAAUAUUCAUGACCCAAACCGGCUGAAUACACCCGUUUCCUCUUUGGCUGGAUUAAUGGAGACAUCAAACUGGGGAGCGGCCGAUCGCAUUUAAGAGAAACUUUGUUCUUGCGAGAGACUGCUGAGAGAAUGGAGGAGCAACAAAACAAAGUGCUUCUUCAAUGCGUGUACUGCAAGGAAAAGUCAAGAAACCUCAAGGUUUUGCCCUGUUUACACUUCUGUUGCAAUUGCUGUACCACUGCACUAUCUUCAUACUGCUCUGCUUAUAGAUGCCCAGUUUGCGAUGAAACCAUCUCUCGAUCUGAAUUUUCCUCCAUGCCAGAGAAUUUUCUUACCAGUGAGAAUUUUCUGCGGACAAUUUAUAGAGGUAGCAAUACAUGCAAAGUUUGUGGUGACGAGCUCACUACACCCGUAAAUCAUAUGCAAUUAGCAGAAUUCUGUGAUCUGUGCAUCAAGUUGCAUUCAAAGAUAAUGACGCCGGGGAGUGAGAGAGAGCACGCAGCAAAUGAAUCGAAGUCGCAUGGAGCAAAAUCGGAAAUGCUUUGUAAGAAUCAUUGCAAGGAAGCUCUUAGGUACUUGUGUAUUACAUGCGAGGAGCCCAUUUGCAGCGAGUGUCUGAUCUUAAAACACAGGCGACAUCAACUAAGCAAGAUUGAGGAACAUGGGGACGUUUAUCGUACACAGCUUGCCAUGUUAGAGAUGAAAAUCAAAGAGAAAAAGCGCCCAGUCAACAAAAGCCUCGUGGAAAUCAACGGUUUGAAAGAAAAUUUAGUACUUAACAGUUUAAAUGCAAAAGCGAGUGUCAGGAGAUACGCCCAAUCAUGUAAAGAAAGACUUGACCUAAUCGAGAAAGGAAUGUUGCACGAAAUUGAAACUGAAGCCAGUAGAAAGGGUUUGGUACUUGGAGAACAGAGCAAAACGCUACAGCAGACUGUCGACAAAUUGGAAACUGCUCUUGCUUUUACGAACAGUGUGCUACAGCAUGCGAGCGAUACUGAAGUUGCUGUUGUCCGGAAACACGUCAUGAAACGAUUACACGACUUGCAAGAAAUCAAUGUUGCCACAACUCCACAAAGCAAUGGUCUCAUGCGUUCGGAAGCAGAUUUACGGAGGAAGUUUGAGAAUAUGGUAGUUGAAGAUUUCAAUCACAUUUAAUUUGAUAGCUGUAAAGGUGUAUCAAGAACUAAAGAAUUUUAAUGAAAAACUAGUUGGUAACGAAAAUACACAACAUGUUUUAAGAUUAAACAGCCCUAAACGUACAGGUUUAGAGAGCAUGCACAAGAAAUCAUGGCCACAGCGAAUCACAUGAAUUUGAUCUUGUGUAGACAAAAGUACUCGGAUGAAGUACUCGGAGAGAUAUAGGGAAACUUAAUAUCGAAAACUCAUUUUUUCUUGGUUUUUCAAAUUGGAUUCAUUUGCAUUGGGUUGCUACUCAUCGUUUCGUGGGUUCCUACCUAUCAUUCGUUCGCUACUAUGUGUUUCAAGUCACGUGGACAGUCAGGGAGCAUCUAUUGGACAGCUCAUUUUGAGCGGCAUCAUUCGUUCCCUACUAUGUGUUUCCGGUCACGUGGACAGUCAGAGAGCAUCUAUUGGACAGCUCGUUGUGAGCGGCAUCAUUCGAUCGCUACUAUGUGUUUCCGGUCACGUGGACAGUCAGAGAACAUCUAUUGGACAGCUCACUUUGAGCGGCAUCUGCAUAAAGCUUGUCAAUAAUUUUCUCUGUCACUUUAAACUUAAAUUAAUUUUGGAAAAAUUAGGGUCUAAAUAUAAAAACCAUGCAAAAAUUGUCUAACAAAAUAUAAUUUCAACUAUUUGUUGGCAAUGAAUUAAACU